ACUGUAUAGAACAUCGGACUUCUCCCCUUUCAAUUGAUGUUGCUGUAUUUUCUCCUCCAUAGUAAAGAUGCUGUGGAGUCUAUUGUUAAUGUCUCUGAUUGGAUGUGCACACUUAAAAGACCAUGAAACAGCUUUGUCACAGGAGGUGACAACAUCCCAGUCGUCAGACUACCAAACUGACGGUGUCAAAUACACUUCUGAAAGAGCUAUUGAUGGAAAUCUGUCGAAAUGUGCUCACACCUUGGAACUGCCCAACUCCUGGUGGAGAAUUGACCUGCUGGGUGUCUACAGAAUCUCUUCUAUCCAUAUCUACAACAUAAAGCAGCAUAAUACUGAUAUAACCGGUGCUCAGAUCUUCAUCGGGAACUCUAGUGAGAAUAAUGGAACCACCAACUGCAUGUGUAACAACAUCACAGACUUCACACCAGACCAGUGGUAUGAGGUUAAAUGUAAUACAAAAAUGUCAGGGCGCUACAUCACUGUGUUCUUACCGGCAAUCAGGAAUUUAAUUCUGUGUGAAGUGAAGAUCUGCAGCACAAAAAAAGAGUCACCCUUUCAGCUGAUCCCAGAGAACAAGACGUGGGAAGAUGCCCUCUACUACUGCCAGGACAGACACAUGGACCUGGCUUCCAUCGUUGAUGAAGAGACCCAGGCCUGGGCUGAGCUGGAGGCCAAGAAAGCCCAAACUCCCUAUGUGUGGCUGGGCCUUCGCUACAGCUGCACCCUGGACUUCUGGUUCUGGGUCAAUGAUCAAUGUGUAAAAUUCAAUCACUGGGAUCGAGAUGGAAAGAUAGAGGAGUGUGACAUGAGCGUUGCCAUGGAGACAAAAGAGGACCAUCUCUGGUCCAGCAAGCCUGACCACAAGAAGUUUAAUUUCAUUUGUGCAAAACAACAGGUCCAGGCCGAGUGCAACUGUUGGAAUGAGUGAAGCUGAGAGCAUGUCCACUGUCACCUAAACACAGCUGACUACACAACACUCAGACAUCACUGUUAUUUAGUAACUGCAACAGCUGAUUUAUUCGUUUCACUCUGUAGCUCAUUUUGCUCAUGCAUACACUCACUUUGUAAAUGUUUGCAAUAUGUUUGAAGUUGUGUCAAUGUUUUGAUCCUUUAUUUGUGAUUCAUGAUACUGUCAUAUAAUGAUCACAUGCUAGCUUUUCCUCUUUUUCUUUAUCACCAUUUAAAAAAUGUAAUCAUUGACGUUAGAACAUGAGACAUCUUGUAAUUCUCUUCUUGAAAAUCUGGGAUCCAAGCAUUUAAAUGGACUUUGCAUUUAAUGUUGAUUAAUUUUGAUAUAAAAAAUGUAUACAAAUUCAGAAAUGUUUGAGAUGUCUAUCAAAUGGAAAAAUGCAUUGCCCUUUGUGUUAAAUACAUUUUAUAUAAACCUUUUCUGAUAUAAAACACUUACAUUGCUCUCAAUAUGUAUUUUUGAUUAAAUGACAUUUACUGUAUAUGUUAUUGUCUGAACGCAUAGGAAAUAUAUAUAUAAGUGCUGUUUGU